AUGUCUGACGCUCUCCGCCAAUCCACCACCGACAAGGCCGCUUCCAACCUGAAGCCCGACAGCGAGAAGUCCACCCUCGAGCAGGGCCAGGACAAGAUGAAGGGUGCCGCCGACAGCGUUGGAGGCUCCGUCCAGCCUGAGGGCGAGAAGUCCAUGGGCCAGAAGGCCACCGACACCGUCUCCGGCACCGGCACCGGCUCGGGCGACCAGGGCAAGGGCAUCGCGCAGCAGGCAUCCGAAAUGGCCGGCAAUGCCGCUGAGACCGUCAAGGACACCCUCGGCAUGAACCAGCAGAAGUAG